GGUUUUCAGAAAUGCCUACAAACAAUUAUGUUGAGUGCAGUUUUUGGAAUUUCGAUAGUCUUUUUCAACCACAACAACAUCCUGCUCGAGAUUGUCAUGAUACAUUUUUCCUUUCAGAUCCUGAGAUUUCAGAUAUCAACAAUACAGUUGAAUCUUGUUACAUUGAUAAAGUUCGUACUGUACAUAGUCAAGGUGCUUUUGGUAGUCGAGGCUAUCAGUCACCAUGGCUAAUAGAGGAAGCGGAGAAAAAUUUGUUGCGUACACAUACAACAGCAGUGAGCGCCCGAAUGCUUCAUGCAUUAUCUAAAAAGAAUGAAGACCGAUUCUGUUCAAAUAUUAAGCAUCUGAUGUUGUUGUUUUGGCGAUUUACUAAUAGUUGAAUAUCACAUUAUAUGGUUUAACCUGAACAAAACUACUGUUGCUCAGAAUAUUCCAUGUCAAUCAGGCUAAUGGGAUCUUGUGGAGUGUUUAUACUUCUGAUUUAACAAGAAGAAUGACGUUGGAUGAGUUCCAAAAUACUGAUUACUAUAAAUAAUUACCUGACCUCAGUUGGUCUGAUAUAUUCAUAUGGUGAGUCAUUGGCGAAGAGAUUUAAUACCUCACUAGUGAAUAUGAAAUAAUUGAUAUUUCAUUGGCUAUAGGUAUCGUUGGUGACCUAGGAACUAAGAAUAAUAAUUGUCAUACCAAAGCACGGGUAUGUGGAUCACCAACGUAGAUGACCUAUGUCAAGUGAUCGGAGGCCUACUCGAGUUAGACGGGAAUGGAGUGACGAACCAGCUAAUGUCGAAAUCACACCUCGUGGUCAGCACCCUACGUGGACUACCCCAUUGACGUAUCAAUGUACCACAGAUGCUUUGAAGACUGUACAACACAGAGGACGUUAUUACAGAAAUAUAUUAAUUAAAGUGAAUACACGCGAAAGUAAAACCACUGCCACAUGGGCCAGUCCAUAGCGUACGAUUAACUGAUACCUGUUGGUUUUCCUUGACCUUGACGAGGAUCGAUGACUUGUUUGAUAUCCAAUGACCCAACUGCCGGAUGAUUUGGCUAGGGCUCAAUGGAAUUUCACUGAUCCCACAUGUAAUUCAGUGUGUAAAUAGUGUUGAAUCGAAGGAGCAAGUAUUAUCGCGUUGAAUUGAAAAGGUGAUAAAACAAAAGUUAGGUUGCAAUAGUAUUAGUACGCUUAAAUAAAAAAUAUUCAACUUCUCUAAGAGUACGAAAGAGGUAAUGUAGAAUUUUUAAGAGUAACCUGUCUGUGCAACCUAGAUAUCGUAUUGGAAUGAUGAACCGAUCUAAGUUAGACCACCAUUGGAAAACUGGAAUUACGAUGUCCGUUCAACCCUAGUAUGAGACGCCUCAGGAGCGUGCAUCCACGGUC